GUCCUCUGGCCGGUUCGCGGACGCGUUCGAGUCCAGAGUGCCCUUGGAAGGGACUGGUCGCGUGUUCUCCUUCCCCGUCAUGCGUUGACGAUUUCUUCAGGCUGCACGUACAAACUGAGGAACAGAGGUGGACGAACAGUGGGUGUUACUUAGGUGAGAUACACGCUGAAGAGGACCGGGAUCGUUGCGAGCAACAUGAGGGACCCGGUGUCGCCGAGGAGGUGCUUGCUUCUGCUCUUGAUCGUGGCGGCUGCCCUCGUGGAUGCUUCCCAGAAUGACGACUUGGUGUUCGACCAGGAUGGCAAGCAGUCGUUCAACGAAGCUCCGCUGAUAGAGACACAUCAGCGAGAGUCGAUGCUUCAUCGGAUAAAGAGAGGAUUCUUCGACUUGUUUACCACAGGCACUUCGACAGCGGCGCCAACCACCGAGGCAACAGCAGAUCAAGAGGAAGACAACGCCGAAGACGAGCUCGAGAAUUUGCCCCCAGCAGAUCCUGACGACGAUGGAGACGCCCAAGCUUCCAACGAAAAAGAACCAGCUAACUUGGAGAAGCUCGCCCUGCAGAACGGAGACGAAUACGACGAGGCUGCAGAGGAAAACGAGAUCGGUAACGCGGCCGAGGGUCGAAGAGACCCGGUCGACUUUGAGAAUACGGACGACGAAGAUCUGGCUGGGUCUGGUGAAGCGGAAGGCAGCGCAUUUGUUAACCUUUAUCCUCCUACGUUCCCACGAAAAAUAAAAUACUACAGGAUCACACUGACUGUCGCUGAACCCUACAGACGCGAGUAUGCGGACAGAAAUAGCCGGGAGUACAGGGAGCUUAGCGGCAACCUAACGCAACCCCUCGAAGAACUGUACACACGACAUAUUCCCAACGAGAACCACCAUGCGAAUGUCGUGAAAAUAUCGCCAACGACCGACAGCUUCACGUCACAAGUUACUUUAGACAUUGGCUCGACGUUCACGGAUGAGUUGGAGGUGAAGAACAUCCUCGAGCAACAGCUGCAGAUCCACUCGUUGGGCAACAUCCAACUUCGUCCGGAGGGAUUCUCGUUCAGAGUGUUCCAAGCUGAAAGAGACGUAGAUGAGCUGGAAUGUGACCCAUCGACAGAGUUAAGGUGUAGAGACGCAAAUGCAUGCGUACCAUUAGACUCCAGGUGCGACGGCAUUGCCCAGUGCGAGGACGGUUCCGAUGAACUGGACUGUCCUAAGACUACACUGCCCACCCACUCUGUAGUCUCGGCCGGCGCGAGCCAUGUGUCGUUCAGAGGGAACCAAGAACCUGAGGAGUCGCAGACUGUCCGAGAACCAGAAGAAGAGGAAGAUUUCGAUGAGACUACUUUGAGACCCGCCGCGGACAGGUGUCGUGCCGACGACACGGUACGCUGUUCCGACGGAAGUCGUUACAUUUGCUCUGUACAGAAAUGUGACGGCGUGCCGGAUUGCGACGACGGUAGUGACGAAAUUGGCUGCCCCCAUCCAGGAUGCAGCGCUGGGGAGUUCGCCUGUGACGUGUCCAGGUGUAUCUUGGAAUCGCAUCGAUGCAACUUCAUCAACGAAUGCGACGAUGGAAGCGACGAGCACGACUGCAACUUCCCCGCUUGCACCUCCACGCAAUUCAAAUGCAGAAAUGGCCAAUGUAUCGACAGUAGUGAACAUUGCGAUGGUGUCAAGAAUUGCUAUGACCAUAGCGACGAAGUUAACUGCCUUUGCAGAGAAGACCAGUUAGAAUGCACACCUGGGUUUUGCGUGGAUAAAGACAGACACUGCGAUGGGAUCAUGGAUUGUACCAACGGGAAGGAUGAGGAAAAUUGUCCGAACAAGACACGAUGCCGACAGGACGAAUUCAUGUGUUCUGACGGAAGUUGCGUUAGCCUCGCUGCGAGAUGCGAUGGACGGUCAGAUUGUCGGGAUCGGUCGGACGAAUACAAUUGCAGCGUGACUACCUGCAGUGGAGAUCAGUUCCGAUGUCUGGACGGGACCUGCAUCAGCAUCGACAAAAGGUGCAAUCAAAACAUCGACUGUCGCAACGGAGAAGAUGAGAGCCAGUGCGGUUGCGGAGAAGCCAAGUUUCGCUGCACGGACGGCCAGUGCAUCGGUUACGAGUUGCAGUGCAACGGGGUGGAGGAGUGCUCUGAUGGCUCUGACGAGAGGGACUGCGAUUUGGCCCCGUGCCCUUCUAUGGACUUCACCUGCAGCGACGGUUCUUGCAUAUCGAAGAGCUCGGUUUGUGACGGAGUCGACAACUGCCCGCGGGCAGAAGACGAGCUUCACUGUGAACGGGAAUGCACACCCACCCAGUUCAAAUGCAUCACCGGGAACAAGUGCAUCGAGGAUGUCUACCGGUGCGACGGCCAUCCGGAUUGCCCGGAUCAGAGCGACGAAGAUUGCGCUAACGAAACCUUUACACACAUCACUCAGUCUAACAACUCGCACUGGGCAGGCUGGGCAACCGAGAGCCCGAGGGAAUGCGAUCCAAGCAGGGAAAUGCGUUGCGACGACGGCAAGUGUGUUCUGCUUCGCCGUAAAUGCGACAAUAUCUUCGACUGUCUCGACGGCAGUGAUGAACGUGACUGCGGUGUCUGCACGCCUGCCGAAUGGAAAUGUGCCAGUGGCGAGUGCAUACCGGAAACCGAAAGAUGCGACAAUGUAGUCCACUGUGCUGAUGGAUCUGACGAGACUGGAUGUGAAUUUGAAUGUCCGGCUGGAAUGUUUCGAUGCAACGAUGGAUUGUGCCUGGACAGUAAGAGACGUUGCGAUGGUCGACCGCAGUGUUCGGACGGCUCGGACGAGAUCAACUGCCAGUGCCCCGAUGGACAGCUGCCCUGCGAUAACGGAGUGUGCAUCAACAAGAACUUCUUCUGCGACCGCAAUGUCGACUGCCACGACGGCAGCGACGAACGCGACUGCCACGAUACCGACGAGACCACCGAACCCGCCGAGCCGAUCAGAUGUCGCCAAGAUGAAUUCGCCUGCCGCGAUGGAAGCUGCAUACCGCAAUCCGCAGUCUGUGACGGACGAAACGACUGUGUCUACGAAGAAGACGAGUCAAAUUGUCCACGAGGAUGCAGCAAGGAUCAGUUCCAAUGUGCGAAUGGAGAUUGCAUCAGGGCUGAUCAGAAGUGCAAUGGUUACAUAGAAUGUGCAGAUGGAUCUGAUGAACCCGCAGAAUGUGAAGGACCUGGUUCCCAUCCCAUGCCAGGACGUUGUCCAGCUGGCUACAUCAUGUGUGUUUCUGACAAGGACUGCGUUCCUCAGUCGUCAAUCUGCAAUGGAAUUCCAGAAUGUAGAGAUGGAUCAGACGAAGAAAACUGCUAUACACCUAAAGAUCCAACCCAUCUGGAUCUGAAGACGUAUCCUAGUGAACAAGUGAUCAAAGAAAACCCGGCGAAGCAAGGUCGAGAAGUCGUCUUUCAAUGCCGUGACGAAGGCCCUCUUCGAGCCAGAGUACGUUGGCUUCGUGGUAACAAUCUUCCUCUUCCACCUGGUAGUCGUGACCUCAAUGGACGUCUUGAAAUUCCGAACAUUCAGUUAGAACAUUCGGGUCUAUAUAUCUGUGAGGCCGUUGGUUAUCCUCCAUCCACUCCGGGCCAACAAGUGAAUGUCUAUUUAACCGUAGAAAAACUUGAGCAACCAGCAACAAACAGACCUCAUGCGUGCUCGUAUGACGAAGCCACCUGUAGCAACGGAGACUGUAUACCCAAAUCAUGGGUGUGCAAUGGCAGACUAGACUGUACUGAUGGAUCUGAUGAGAUGCGUUGCAGUCCACAUGGUUGUGAACCUAACGAAUUCCGUUGCAACAACACACAGUGUGUGAGCAAACUAUGGAGGUGCGAUGGUGACAAAGAUUGUGCUGAUGGCACCGACGAAGAGAACUGUACUCCAAGUAGACCAGGCUCUCCAUGCCGUGUCACCGAGUAUGCUUGUGCUAGCAAUGAUCAGUGUAUUCCUAAAAGUUAUCAUUGUGAUAGGGAGAAGGACUGUUUGGAUGGAAGCGAUGAAAUAGGAUGCUCUCCAGUUUACAUAACGAAGCCACCACCACCGAUGAUCACUCUAGACUUAGGACAAACUUUGGUGAUCGUAUGUACAGCCAUAGGUGUACCCACUCCUGAAAUCAACUGGCGUUUAAAUUGGGGCCACGUGCCACCAAAAUGCACCAUGACAUCCAUAAACGGAACCGGAACUCUAACUUGUCCCGACAUUCAGCCUGAAGAUCAAGGCGCAUAUUCUUGCGAGGGAAUAAACAGCGAUGGUUUCGUGUUCGCGGUGCCUGACGCUAUCGUGAUAGUGAACAAACCAGACGACAUUUGCCCCAAGGGCAUGUUCAACUCCGAGGCGAGAACCGUAGAGGAAUGUAUCUCCUGUUUCUGCUUCGGCGUCGCGACCGAAUGUCACAGUGCGAAUCUUUUCACGUAUCAAAUUCCACCGCCAUUUGACCGUCACAAAAUUGUGGCUGUAAAGACAGAACCAACUACUCAGGUUCAAUUCGAUAUUAGUAAUCAGCUCAGAAGUGUGAAGCCAUUAGGCAGGGACGGCAUACAGUUGUACGAACCGACUCUGUUCUACAACAACUUGCCUAGCGAGAGAGAUAUUCCUUACUUUGCGCUGCCUGAAAACUAUCAUGGAAGUCAGUUAAAAUCCUAUGGCGGUUACCUGAAGUACAGAGUGCGUUAUAAUGGUACCGGCGUGCCAAAUUCUGCGCCGUCGGUCAUCUUAACCGGAAACGGAUAUACGUUGGUGCACAGAGGGAAACAGUUGAUACCCAACUAUGACAAUGAAGAGUCUAUUAGGUUCUUCCAAGGUGAAUGGUUCAAGAAACAGGAUUGGUCAGAGGUACCUGCUACGAGGGAAGACAUCAUGAUGACCUUGGCCAGUGUGGACAACAUCUUGAUCAAAAUAGAGUAUGACAACUCUCCAGACUUAGAUGUCCAGAUCACGCACAUUGUGAUGGACACUGCUGACGCCAGGAACACCGGACUUGGGUCGGCGUCGUUCGUUGAGGAAUGCCAGUGUCCUUCCGGAUACACUGGUCUUUCGUGCGAGGACUGUGCUCCAGGAUACCUGCGACGUAAAACCGGUCCCUGGCUUGGCCAGUGCUACAGAGAUGAACCACCAAAAGAUUGUCCUCCAGGAUACUUUGGAGAUCCAGCGAGGAACAUCCCUUGCCAAGUUUGCCCCUGUCCACUUACCAAUCCAUCUAAUCAAUUUGCACGCACCUGUUACCUUGGAUCCGAUGGCCAACCGACCUGCAACUGUCCACCAGGAUACAUUGGUCGUAGAUGUGAACAGUGUGAUGUUGGAUAUCAAGGAAAUCCUCUUAUCCCUGGAAUGACAUGUAAUGCGACAGAACACUGCGAUCCAGAUGGCAGCAUUAGCUCAGUCGUGGACGCUUCUACCGGAGCAUGUCGGUGCAAGCAAUACGCAACGGGUCUCACUUGCAACCAAUGUAAGGCGAAUACGUUCAAUCUAGCCUCGAAGAAUCAAUUCGGUUGCAUUAGCUGCUUCUGCAUGGGCAUCACCAGCAAAUGCGUAUCGUCCAAUUGGUACAGAAAUGACAUUCGAGUUUCAUUCACCAACUCCAUCAGAGACUUCUCCCUAAUCGAAUCGAGAACACCAAACGCACCACCCAUCAUCGACGGCAUUCGUUUGAACACUGUCACUCGUGAGAUCAUUUACAACAGUUUCCCCAAUCGUGGAAAUAACGAUGUCUACUAUUGGCAAUUGCCCAGUAUCUUCUUGGGUAAUCAGGUCACAUCUUACGGUGGAAAUCUGAAGUACACUGUUAGAUAUGUUCCAGCACCGGGUGGUCAGAGCUCAAAGAACAACGCCGCAGACGUCGAAUUGAUCAGCGCAAAUGACAUCAAGUUGCUGUACUUCUCUCGGGUAUUCCCUGAACCAAACACUCCACAAACGUUCACUGUUCCUCUGCUGGAACAGCACUGGCAACGUACUGACGGAACACAAGCUGACAGAGAACAUUUAUUGAUGGCGUUGGCUGAUAUUAGCGCAAUUAGAAUCAAAGCCACGUACACUACUCAUACGGAUGAGGCUGCAUUGUCCAUGGUAACUCUAGACAUUGCUGAACCAUACAAUACAGGAAAAGUUCGUGCAGUUGAAGUAGAGGAAUGUUCCUGUCCCGUUGGUUACAAAGGAUUGUCGUGCGAAGAUUGUGACGUUGGAUACACCAGAGCCAGUGAAGGUCUCUAUCUGGGCAUCUGUGAACCUUGUAACUGUAAUGGUCACUCUAGUCAAUGCAAUCCCGACACUGGAAUAUGCGAGAACUGUGCACACCAUACCACUGGAGACUUCUGCGAGGUUUGUGAACCUGGAUACGAAGGGGAUGCCACUAGAGGAACGCCGCAAGAUUGCGUUUAUAGGGCCCCUCAACCGUGUGUCUGUAACGAGGCUGGUUCUCGUAGCAGCAUUUGCAUGGGUGACAGAUGCGACUGCAAACGAAACGUUGAAGGUCCUCAAUGUAACCGAUGUCGUCCAUCCACCUUUGGACUCACCGCGGAUAAUCCUGACGGAUGUAGCGAGUGCUAUUGCAGCGGCGUGACUGACCAGUGUCACGAGAGUUCGUUAUAUGUUCAACAGAUACCAGUGUCUGUCUAUGACAAUCGACAUGGGUUAACUCUCACUGAUUCAACUAGACAGGAAGUAAUCGAUGAAGGUUUUGAACUGAACUUCGCUAUGAACGAGAUUGGCUACCGUUAUCCGGAUAGUCGAGGUCGUAGAUUGUUCUGGUCCCUGCCAGCUAUAUUCACGGGCAACAAGGUUAAAAGUUACGGUGGGAAUCUGACUUUGACCCAGCAUGUCACCGCGCAUCCUGGGGCUCAGAGUUACAAAGAUCAAGAUAUCAUUUUGAUCGGGAAUGGCAUUACCCUGUAUUGGACAAACCCUGAUGAUAUUGAGCCUGAUAUACAGUUGACGUACUCGGUACCGCUUAGGGAAUCGGAAUGGAAACGAUUGACUGCCGAUGGACCACGCGUUGCUUCCCGCACCGAUCUCAUGACUGUGCUGUCUAAUCUCGAAGCGAUUUUGGUCCGUGCAACGCAUAGUGAAAGAAUGACAGCCACUUACAUCAGUGAUAUAAGUUUGGACACAGCGGUAGAACAUCAAACUGGUAACAGAAGAGCGGUUCAAGUGGAAGUUUGCCGUUGUCCAACGGGAUACGUCGGUACAUCUUGUGAAACGUGUGCUCGAGGCUACUAUAGGGACCCCAAUGAUCGAUCUGGUAGCUAUUUGGGCUCUUGUAACCCGUGCCCUUGCAACAAUAACGAGGAAAGCUGCGAACUCACAAUAAAUAGAGAAGUGAAGUGCAAUUGUUUACCAGGAUUCACGGGCCAGUACUGUUUAAGCACCGGAACAAGCGUAACAACAAGUACACAGCGCCCUACUAUAACUCCACCAAGGAUACUGGUUUACAUCAGAGAACCGGAGUUCCAAAUUGUUGAAACUGGAAGCACUGUUAGGUACCACUGCGCUGGCAGAUCUUUAGACAAUGGGUCAUUGCAAAUCAAAUGGGAGAAAGAAGGUGGCCAGUUACCUCCUGGAAGAACCGUGGACGACAGUCAGGGCUUGUUGGUCAUUCGUGACGUAAAAGUAUCUGACAGUGGAGUUUACGUUUGUCAAGUUAGCGAUGGUGUACAUAUUGGAUAUAAAAAUGUCACCCUUACCGUUGGAGGUGUAAACCCAGUCGCACCAAGAGUUGUCGUUAUGCCAUCGUCGCUGCAAGUAUUGGAAGGACAUCCUGCAGAAUUCCGUUGCGUAGCCACUGGAUACCCACCGCCUCAGGUCGAAUGGAUACGCGUUUAUGGACCUAUGAACCCAGAAGUGAUUACUCACGGUGGAGUUUGGUCGUUAGUAGCAGCUUCGAAGAGUGACGCUACAGAGUACAAGUGCAUUGCUAGGAACCACGUUGGCGUAGACGAGAAGACUGUUAUUCUUUAUGUCAGAGAUAAUCCCAAAAAGCCAACAACAACUGGUAUACCGCCUACCAUCAAUCCACCAUAUUGGUACGGAUCAGAGGGAGAGACAAUUGUAGUAACUUGCACACAAUCAUCGGCUGAUCUAGCAAGCCUCAUGUGGCUCCGAUCAGAAAACUUACCAUUACCCCGUUCAGCUAUCCAACGCGAUGGUAUAUUAACAAUCUACAAUGCAACUCAUAAAGAUUCCGGUGUCUACAUAUGCCUAUCAACAACCCACGUUGGAACGCAAGCCAACAGCACCGUUAACAUAACAGUGAUGCCUCGAAGAGCUCCACUGUCUAUUAAAGUGAAACCUGAAAAACAAACGGUUCCACAAGGUAGCGUGGCUGAAGUACGUUGUGUCUCGAGUGGAGAACCAGGUUCACAAGUGAAAUGGAGCAAGUAUCAUCAUGAACGUCUGAACACUAACAUACAACAAGUUGGUGAUAUCUUGAGGAUCGUCAAUAUUCAGAUCUCAGAUCGAGGAGUGUACGUGUGUCGCAUUACAGGACCAAGCGGCACUCAGGAAGCCAGCGCUAUAAUCGAAGUUGAACCUCGAGAAGUUCCUCGUGUGGAAAUCUAUCCAAAAGAGGUCCCACCAGUUACACUUGGUGGUUCAACCGAUUUACAAUGUCGAGCUGUGGCCGGAAUUCCCAUGCCAGAACUGCACUGGUCCCAUCAGAAUGGCAGACCGUUCCCACCCAACAUUAAACAGCUUCCUGGCGGUGUCCUGAGGCUUUCAAACAUCACUGCAAACGAUGGUGGUGCUUAUGUUUGCUCGGCAGUGAAUUCCGUUGGAUCAAAUACAGCAGUAGUCUACAUCGAGGUGCAGUCCGUUCCCAUAAUCAUGAUUUCGCCUAGGUCUGGAAUUCUACAGGUGAAACGUGGCGACAGAGUUCGUCUGGUUUGCAGUGCAACUGGUUAUCCACAACCCACGGUCGCAUGGAGUAAACAUCAGAAUCAAGUGAACUUCCAUUCUUUAAUAACCUCUGGAAGCGGAACACCUUUGAGCGCUGUCUAUGAAAUAUUAUCGGCCUCUCCUGACAACGAAGGUUCUUACACUUGCCAUGCUAACAACGCUGCAGGAAUAGUUGAAGAACGAGUUCACAUACGAGUUGAAGACGACUCUUAUCCACCUUGCAGAGGCGAUGUACCUUGCCCUGAAAAUCCCAACGAUAAGAUCUCAAUACCCAUAGACUACUUCAGAAUUCCCAAUGGUGGCAAAGUGGAGAUGCGUUGUUACGUCCACUCGUCAGAUGGAGAUCAUAUUUAUCUGGACUGGAAGAGAACCGACCAUAGACCUUUGCCUGAAGGUAGCACCGUUCACAAUGGAAUAUUGAACAUUCCAUCCGUGGAUAGAAGCGCUGCCGGAGAGUACGUUUGUCUGGGCAUGGAUCAAGCUGGCAAUGUUCUCUUUAGGGCUAAGUCCCACCUUGAUGUAUUGUCACCACCCAGAAUCGUAUUGAACCCACCUCGCCAAACAGUCCGUUCCGGUGAAAAUCCUUCCAUAGUCUGUAGCACAACAGGAGACGAACCCAUGUCCAUCGAAUGGGCAGCCAUAGGACACAACCUUCCUCCUACCGUUACCCGCGACCGUGGAAUCUUACAGUUCCAUGGUAUUACCUACUCUGAUGCUGGAAAAUAUGUCUGUAAAGCCACGAAUGACGCUGGAACUGCUGAAGCUGUGGCCGAGGUUUUGGUGAACGAACAUCCUUACGACGAUACCGGUGUUCAUGCAACCCAGAGAGAUGUGAUGGCUUAUGCUGGCCAACCUGUACGUUUACAGUGUACAGUCAGAGAACGCGCAACGAUACACUGGAGUAGAGAUAGUCAGCCAUUGCCUUCGACUGCCAGGAUAGAAGGAGAUUACCUGGAACUGCCACGAGCCAGGCCAGAGGACAGCGGAAGAUAUAUUUGCCAGAUUGAAACUGUACAAGGAGUGUCUAGCGAUUAUAUAAAUUUGAAUGUUUCACUAGUUAAUUUGAACCCGGAUUGCACGCGAGCGAACCGAACGCUGUGCGGGACAAGCAACUGUUUAUGCAACGUUCAAGGAUGCUAUCUAUUGGAUUACUUUUGCAACAUCGAUAUUCGCUACUUCAACACUGUCGCUGACUACGACCCCUCGCUAAACCGUCACUAUCUUCACCAACGACGUGCUACUGGGGUGCCUGCAGUCAGUGUAGAGGCUUCACAAAAUCCAGUAAACAUUGGAGAUACCGUGGACAUUCGCUGUGCUUGCUCUGGAACGCACAGUCCUCGUUAUCAUUGGAUCAGGCCAAAUCAUCCUAGGUUACCAGAAAAUGCUCAAGAAUAUGGAAACCUUUUGAGGCUGACCAACGUGGGUGUCAGUGACAGUGGAAUCUACAAAUGCAUUGCGGAAACGCCAGAAGGAGUUUUCGAACAUGACUUUGAUCUCGUUGUUCAUGGUGGAACUAAUGAUGCACCAGCGAUUGAAACCAAGUAUGCACCUUACGGAUCCAGCCUGGAAAUGGACUGCCGACCUAAUUUGGAACCACCAGUGAAAUUCCACUGGAGUAAACUUGGAGGACUUCUCCCGCACGAUGCGCAAACAUUCGAGAGUAAAUUAAAACUGAUUAACGUGAAAGCGGAGGAUGCGGGAACAUACGUUUGCACAGUGAACAAUGAUCACGAGAACAUUGACAUACCCACCGUACUUGUUGUAACUGGCGUAGUUCCACACUUCAGUCAAGCACCUGAAAGUUUCAUUGCUCUACCACCACUGCCUGAUUCAUAUUUAAAAUUCAAUAUCGAAAUAUCAUUUAAGCCCGAAAGUUACGACGGUAUAAUUUUGUAUAACGAUGAGUCGAAUCGUGUAAAUGGUGACUUCAUCAUGUUAUCUUUGGUUCGAGGAUAUCCAGAGUUCAGCUUUGAUCUGGGCUCUGGCGCGGUAAUUAUUCGUGCAGUAAAGCCUGUCACGCUAAGCGAGUGGCACACGAUCAAACUUCAACGUAAUCGAAAGGAGGGAACUAUGUUAGUCGAUGGCGAAGGCCCGUACAAAGGCGUAGCAGCUGGCAGAAAGCAGGGAUUGGAUCUGAAAUCAUUACUGUUUAUCGGUGGUGUUCCUAGAGACAAUAUUGUCAACAAGUAUGCAGAAGUCACAACUGGUUUUGUUGGAUGCAUCAGCAGAUUGGUGAUAAAGGACAAGGAGGUUGACUUGAUCGGUGAACAAACGGAUAGCGUAGGAAUCACUAAUUGUGAGACCUGUGCUGAAAAUCCAUGCAACAAUGGUGGUGUAUGCCAAGAGGCUGCUACGAAGAAUGGAUAUACAUGUUUGUGCCGAGCUGGUUAUAGUGGAAAGCACUGUGACUAUGUUGGACAGUCGUGUUAUCCAGGUGCUUGUGGAGAAGGUCACUGUAUAGACAAGGAAAUGGGCUUUGAAUGCUAUUGUCCUUAUGGAAAAACUGGUUCUCGAUGCGAGACUCCAUUGAUGAUUUACGAGCCAGCUUUCCAUGACGACAAAUCUUUCAUUGCACAUGACACGCCCAAAGCUCUUAGACGGACGAGAAUGAACCGACGCAACAUACACAAUAGAUCACAUGCACACAACGCACCAGUUAGAAAGGCUCGAUCGAGGCCUCAUCACCACUCUAAGCCGCACCACACACAACAUUAGUCCUAUCACCACCAAAUUUCUAUGCACAUAAUAGAAACAAGUCAUUUAUGUAUUGUUCAAUCGAUGUGUAAUAGUUGUAGGAACAAAUCACUCUUUGUGUAACUGCUAUUUAUAGUUGUCAGUCAACAUAUAUGUUAUAUAUAUUUUUUUUUAUAAGAAUUUUAUUUACAAUUAGAUAUUUUCAUUUCUGCCUCAUACGUGUAAUAGAUUAUGUUGGAUGGUAGGCCAUCGUGGAGCCUGUAGAAUGAGUAGUUCCUUGGAAUGAACCUCAUGGUGCUGUAAUAUUAGAUUAUCGGUCGAUAUACCUAUUAUACUUAUAUCACAACCCUUCGCAGUCACAAGCAAUUUAUUCCUUUCGAGACAUUCGAGAAAGAACUUCUGUUUGCAGAGCUCUCUUACAAUAUCUUUUAACUCGAAUGUUUGUUAGAUUGCGACGGGUUCGUUUGUACAGCUUUUUGAGUAAUACAUUUUAACGCAUUGUGUUAGUCAUUUUAAUUACUGUUAAAUGUAAGCCAUUAAUUAGGUCACUACCAAAUGAAUUGCAUUUUAUGGUAGUAUCACAUACACAUCAUUACUACACGGCACAUGUAAAAUGUUUGUACUUAUUUUGUAAGAACCUGUGUGUACGUGCCGGAGAAGUGUAUUUUUAGGACCAGAAUGACCAUUUAUAUGUAUUCGACGGGCUUCGAGCAAUGCUAUAAGUAUAAAUAUAUGUCUUGAGAUGCAAAUAAAAAUUGAUUUAACAAGAA